AUGCCUAAACCGAACAAGGUUACGAGUGACUCCAUCACCUUCCCAUCCGUCACCCGCGCAACGGAAAACAAAGAUGAGGAAACAAAACCCCUAUUCCCGGAUGACCCGAUCUACCGAUUCUACUUCGACCUCCCCGCGGCUGAAGCUCUGAAAUGGGCUGCUGCCAUGCGGCCGCAUGCAUUGCUCAGUAUGGGGCUACCAGCGAUGGGCGCCGUGUGGCUCGGAGUCCCGUUGACGUACUUGGUUUAUACGAAGAAUAAUGCAGUUACUCCAGAGUUCCAGCGGAAGAUGGUCGAGCGUGCGUAA